AUGCCGGAUCAACCGAUGCCGGAUCAGAGAUCUUUGGGGCCAACUCAUAGAAAUUUGUCCAAUCGUGUAGCUAGCAACCCUCUCGCACAUGUCAUCGACUAUCUAGCCAAGAAGGGCUACAGUCGCACUGAAGCUAUGCUACGCAUGGAGUCUGCCAACCAGGAGAUUGACGGUCGCCCCCUCCCUCCUAUGGGAGAAGACUCCCGCCCCAAAUACAAGCUGGGAUUCGACUUACUCAAGACUUGGGUCGAAGACAAUCUGGAUUUGUACAAAUUACGUCGUGUUCUGUGGCCCCUGUUUGUUUACUCUUUUCUCAACAUGGUCACUUCGUUGUGGCAACAGGAUGCGAAGCAAUUCUUUGAGUCCAGCAAGAACAUGUUCCUGCCGGAGCACACUGAUGACAUUCGCAUUUUCGAGCCUAUCAGCCUACCCGAGCACGUCCAGCACAACGACCUGGCUGUGCUUUACCGGAGCAACAAGUACCGUAUUGUUCUCAGCACUCCCGCCUACCAAAAUCUUCUUCAGUUUCUCGAAAGCAAAGAGAAAGAAGGUGGCUCCGUUAUGAAUGCCAUUCUGAGCAGUUACUGCACGAUCAAGACUUUGGAACGAGCUGCAGAUGAUAGAUUCAGUUUUGCCACAAUGCUGGGCCAGGGUGGCUCUGAUCAAUCUGUCCCUUUGGAGGACGAAGGUAUUCCCGGUCAUCAUCCUGGUUCUGCUUACACCGGCGACAAUCCAGCCAUGGCCGGCACUUUGCCACGACUUCGACUUGGGAAAUUGCCCAUGGAGCCUACGCUGGAGGGGGAUGUUCGUCAUGAGUUGGCUGAAAUGGAUGCCAAGGAGCCGCCUCCACCCGGUCGUAACACCCUUGUGGAAGAAUUUGAGCAAAUGAUCAAGCAAGAAGAGGACGAGGAGUCUCCCAGUCGAACUGAUGUUCCAUUUCCUAUCUCCACUGCCCGUGAUCUUGCUGUCGAGGUUCAAAAGGUUCGAGACCACCGUGAUCGCUUCCGGAUUCCCGCCCGCACUGGUGGUGUGGCCCCGGCGGUCAGUGUAUGCAUGUUCACUUUGCACAACACGUUCGACUCGGUGAAUUGCGUUGACAUCUCUGACGACAAUACACUCAUCGCAGCUGGCUUUGACCAGUCGUUCAUUCGGGUAUGGAGUCUCGAUGGCAAGGCUAUCAAACCAGCCUAUCCGGAAAUGGAUGAGGAUACACCUCCUGCUAACUCUCACCGUUUGAUUGGUCACUCGGGUCCUGUCUUUGCCGUCGCUUUUCAUUCCGCUGCAACUGGUGAAGAGAAUGUGGAUCGCGAAUCGAAGGAUUAUUCUCCAACUAAUCCUCGAUGGUUGGUCUCAGCCUCCGAGGACAAGACCAUUCGUCUAUGGUUCCUUGAUACAUGGCAGUGCAUUGUUGCUUACAAGGGUCAUGAUCGCCCCGUCUUCGAUGUGCGAUGGGGACCCUUCGGACAUUACUUCGUUUCAGGCGGUAGCGAUCGAGCUGCGCGUCUCUGGGUCUCGGAUCAUAUUCGUCAACGCCGCAUUUUUGUUGGUCAUGACCAGGAUGUAGACUGCGUCUGCUUCCACCCUAACUCGGCUUACGUCUUCACGGCUAGUAGUGACAAGUCAGUCCGCAUGUGGGCUGUCACUACUGGAAAUGCAGUGCGCAUGUUUACCGGCCAUACAGGCCCGAUCACAGCACUUGAAUGCAGUCCUAAUGGCAAGAUUCUUGCCUCAGCUGAUACUCAGGGCUCCAUUUUCUUGUGGGAUCUGGCACCGGGUCGACUCUUGAAGCAAAUGCGUGGUCAUGGAAAAGGUGGCAUCUGGUCCCUCAGCUUCAGCGCUGAGUCUACUGCUCUGGUUUCUGGUGGUGCAGAUGGCACCGUGCGUGUUUGGGAUGUGGCCGGUCCCCAGGAUUCGACCCAAGGUCGCGUCGUCAAUGAUGGCGCUUCAAUCUCGAAAAUCGACGUCUCCAACACUGCCGCUGGUUCCUCUGGUCAGGCAAAGAAGAAGAAGGGUAAGGACGUCGUUGUUAGUCCCGAUCAGAUCAGUGCUUUCCCCACGAAGAAGACACCCGUCUACAAGGUGAAGUUCACUUCUAUGAAUCUGGUGGUUGCGGCUGGUGCCUAUCUUCCAUAG